UGAUCAGCCUCCAGGUGAGGAGAUCAUACCAGGAAUCCUUGUAUCAAGAAACCCAACGAAGUGGAGGCAAAUCACUCUGACUCAACCCUUAGAGCGAGAGGAAGACCUCCCCAGACCGUUACCUCCAUGCUUCAUGAAGGUGGAGUCAUUUGGGGGUAAAUAGAUGAAGAGAGAACACAGAUGGAUUAUCUCACAUGCGCCCGGAUUGACCAGCGUUCCUCUUUAAGUCUUGAUUCCUGCUUUUUCUCCUCAGACUGAAAUCUGAAAAUCCUUUUCUGCACACGUGGAGUGAAGCAGCUAUUGGACAGACUUUCUGAUCUUCAGCCUAAAACUUUAUCGGUGGAGAAGAGGACUCACAUUGACUUGUUGAACACUAUCAAAAAUAAUUGAGAGGGAAAGAAUCUUAUCCAGGUGCUAAAUAAUUGGGACUCUGCAGGGGGACCACCUCGCCGCGUCUGGACUGUGGAGGGCUCCCCUCCCUGCCCUCCCAGCCUUUUCUCGCCCCCAGCAGCAUGUCCCAGGCUCUGAGGCUGCCUGUAGUCCUCCACACAGCACACUACCAUGAUCAGAUGGGCUGCUGGAGGGAGUAAGGCUGCCUCUGCCUCGUCCUGCUCCAGGGCUGGGUUAGGGGCUCACGCUGGGACCAGACUGAGAUCCCCAUCCACACUGCUUUCCUCCCUGUCUUUGCCUCUCCUGGUUGCCCUGGUGUUUUUUUCCUUCUCCCUACCGGGGGCAGCUUGCCACCAGCCCCGCAGAGACAGACUAAGGCUCGCCAACCCUCGAACUCUCAGGGUCCCACUGAACAUUUCUGAGACUGAGGUUGUGUCUAGGCCCAGGGCCACUGGGGGCCCCCUGGGUCGGACUGGGGGGCCACAAGGCAGGCAUGUGCGCAGCUACAAUCAUCUCACAGGGGACAUGCGGAGGAGGAAGCUGUUCUCUUUCCAGAAGUUUUUCCUGAGGAUCGAUAGGGACGGAAAGGUCAAUGGAACCAAGAGCAAGGAUGACCCCUUCAGCAUUCUGGAAAUCACAUCGGUGGACGUGGGAGUGGUGGCCAUCAAAGGGCUGAACAGCAACUACUAUCUGGCUAUCAGCAGGAAGGGAGAGCUGUACGGAGCGAGAGAGUUCGGUGUCGACUGCACCCUGAAGGAGCGCAUUGAGGAGAACGGCUACAACACGUACGCAUCAGCUGAGUGGAGGAACAAGAAGCGGCAGAUGUUUGUGGGUCUGAAUGUCCACGGGAAGCCGCUGAGAGGGAAGAAAACCCGCAGGAAGAACACGGCCACCCACUUCCUUCCAAUUAUGGUGUGAACUGGAGGGAUCAACAGGGGGAGGAGGAUAAGCAGCACUGGACAGAGAGGUUUUCAAUAAUAAAAAAGCUGUAAAAUAAAGACAUUCACUGAGAAAUCUCAUAUUGGAAACAAGGCACUAACACUGUUACACAAAAAAAUAUGGUAUCUGCUCCUGACUUUUACUGAGAUCACGUACUUUAUUUAGUGGGAAAGGAUGAUAUUUGUGUUUUCUGUGGCACCGGAUGCAAUAUUUAUCCUUCUUUUCUGUGCCAAACUGUUGCAACUGGAGUAUGUAUGUAAUGCAGACAACACAGGGGAUACUGUCCCAGCUAAUACUGCGGUAGAUGCAGAAGAUGUUAUUUAUAAUCCACAUUUUACAGCGAGAACCCAGAUAAUCCGCAAGAUAAAAGGAGAGAUGAGACUAGACAAGAUGAGGGAAAUGAUUGGUCAGUUCAUCACCACAGCAUGAAUAAUAGAGGAUGCAACACAUUUAAAGCAAAUGUUUGAUACUUAACCACUGUGUUUUGACUGUAAUGUAAUGAUUUAUUUAUUUUUGUGAAAUAUUUAACUGGAGGGGAAUACUUACAAGGCAAGCAUUCCUUUGCAUUCUUUACUUUUUAUAGGAACUCUUUUAUGUGAAAUUAAAAUAAAAAA